AUGAAUUAUCCGAGUAUCAAUCAACGAUUAGAUAUUGAAAAUGAGAAGGUUUGGAUGAAGCUUGGCCAACUUGCCGAUGCAAUGAACGAACCCGAGAAGGCCAUUCAAUACUAUGAACGAGUACUUCAAUACAAUCAAUACAACGUUCCAGCAUUGACAAGCGUUGCUUCAAUUUAUAGAAUGAAAGAUCCGCCAGACUUUCCUAAAGCUGUUGAAUACUAUCAUCGUGCUCUCCAAACUGAGGACAACAAUACAGAGAUUUGGGGAAAUCUAGGUCAUUGCUUUUUAAUGAUGGAUGAUCUCACCAAGGCUUACACAGCCUAUCACCAAGCAAUUUAUAAUGCAAAAUUACAAAAUAAGACCAAACAAGAUCCACAUUUGUGGUACGGAAUUGGUAUUCUCUAUGAAAGAUACAACAGCUUGGACAAUGCCGAAGAAGCUUUUAGAAGUGUGCUCAAAAUGGAUGCACAAUUUGAGAAAAUUAAUGAAAUUUACUUCCGUCUCGGUAUUAUCUACAAACAACAGAAAAAGUAUGAACAGAGUUUGGAGUGUUUUGGACGAAUCCGUAAGAACCCACCACCUCCUUUGACUGAAGCAGACAUUUGGUUUCAAAUUGGACAUGUCUAUGAAUUGAAGAAGGAUUUCCAAGAAGCAAAGAAUUCCUAUGAAAAAGUUCUACAAUUUAAUUCCAAUCACAGCAAAGUUCUUCAACAACUGGGUUGGCUGUAUCAUCAAAAUACUGAGUUUCAAAAUCAAGAUAUUGCCAUUCAUUACUUGCAGAGAUCGAUCGAUGCAGAUCCAAACAGUGGACAAACUUGGUAUUUAUUGGGAAGAUGUUUCAUGGCCCAGAAAAAGUAUCGAUACGCCUACAAUGCGUAUCAACAAGCUGUGUUUAGAGAUGGAAAAAAUCCAACAUUUUGGUGUUCUAUUGGAGUUUUAUACUAUCAAAUUAAUCAGUAUAGAGAUGCGUUGGAUGCUUAUACUAGAGCCAUUCGUUUAAAUCCAUACCUAAGCGAAGUUUGGUACGAUUUAGGUACACUCUACGAGUCAUGCAACCAAAUUCCUGAUGCAUUGGAUGCCUAUCAACGUGCAGCUGAUUUAGAUCAGAACAAUGAACAUAUUCAACAACGAUUAAUUUUCCUCAAGUCCAUGGAUAGAAGUAAUCCACCAUCAGAGGAAUCAAAGAAUUUGACCGCUGUUGAGCCACCCACUGCUGCCUCUCAAUAUCAGUCUGGAGGUGGAUUUUUCUCGAACAAUGCUCCCUCCAUGAACCCGCCACCAUCGAAUGUGCCAUCUGGUUCAGCAAAUUAUCAGAAUACACCAUACUAUCCACCACCCACUAAUGCUCCUCCUCCAAAACUUUCCAUGGAUUCCAUGCCACCAUCGAGUGCUCAUCCUCCCUCUAUGAAUGGUCAAUAUAAUGCAUCUGGCAGUGCCAUGUCUGGACAGUCAUCUUUGCCGCCUGUGAACUUGCCACCAACACCUCGUUCCUCUGAGCCUGGUGUUCUACCACCACCGACUGCCACAAUGUCAACAGGAGGCGUCAAUGAUAGACUUCCACCACCACAGCAGUAUGUUGGUGCCACCAACACAUAUGGUGGCUCCUAUCCACCUCAGCAGAAUCCUCCCAAGUCGGCCACAUCAAGUGGUAGUGGUGGUGGAGGUUUUGGACCAGUGUCUUCUCAGCCUCAAACCUCUCCUCAACAAUCGCAAUUCUCGGCAGGUCAAGGCACGCCCUAUGCUGGUCAGCCUCCUUCCUACACCUAUCCUCCACAAGGAUCACAGACACUUGUUCCCCCAAGCACAACCAAUUUGGGAGAGACGUCACCUUUGAAGAGAAGGUUAAGCCCCUUGCCACAACCAUCUGAGCAUCAAAGUGACGUGAAACGAGUAAAGCAAACUCCAAAGAAUGACGCUGACAGUGAGGACGACGAAGAUGAGCAAGAUCAAAUGGUUAUUCACGAGCCAGAAGAUUCAGAACCAAAUUCGGGCACUGCUCAAAAUUCGACUCCUAAAAUUGUGGGUACUGCCUCAGACGUUCAUCAAGAAACAGAACCUCCAAUUGGUAAGGCAAAGAGUCGAUUUGUAAGAGCAAAGAAGCUUAAUGAUAAUUCAGAGGAAAAAGAUUAA